UAAAAAAUCGAUUUAACGAACACCUCUGGUUGUAGGAAAACCAGUCGGUGUGGAAAAUCGGGGAUGACGGCGGCGUUGAACGCUGUAAUGAACGGCGGAUUAACAGGUGGUGGUGCAGUCGCGGCCCAAAAGACGGUGCUGAUAACAGGCGUCAGCAGAGGUUUAGGCAAAGCCCUAGCCGUAGAAAUCGCGAAGAGAGGCCAUUCCGUCAUUGGCUGCUCUCGUUCUCAAGAGAAACUCGAUUCUCUCCAAUCGGAGCUCUGUUCUGGACCUUCUUCUUCUUCCUCCUCCUCUGAAAAACACCUAUUCUUGAACGCUGAUGUGUGCUCAAAUAGCGGAGUUCAAGAGCUUGCACGAGUUGUGAUGGAGAAGAAAGGUGUUCCUGAUAUAAUUGUAAAUAAUGCAGGCACCAUUAACAAAAACAACAGACUAUGGGAGGUUCCAGAAGAGGAAUUCAAUGCUGUGAUAGAUACUAAUCUGAAAGGAAUAGCAAAUAUGUUGCGCCACUUCAUUCCUCUUAUGAUUGAGAAAAAACAAGGGAUUCUUGUUAAUAUGUCGUCUGGGUGGGGAAGAUCUGCUGCAGCACAGGUAGCCCCUUAUUGUGCUUCAAAAUGGGCGGUUGAAGGGUUGACCAAGUCAGUGGCAAAAGAGCUGCCAGCUGGCAUGGCAAUUGUUGCACUUAAUCCAGGGGUAAUAAACACUGAGAUGCUUCAAUCUUGCUUUGGUAGUUCCUCUGGCAUGUAUCAGGCACCUGAUUCAUGGGCUCCAAAGGCAGCUGAUAUGAUAUUAAAUCUUACAGUGGCUGAUAAUGGUGCUUCUCUUUCAGUAUAAAUAUAUGUCAACUUUAUAAAUUAAUAUAGAUAAGCAUAGCUGUUUUACUUUUAUUAAGGACCAGAUUAUUAAUUUUUUUAACUUUGGUUUAAGAUCCUUCUAAUUUAGC